AGGAGUGAAGUUGUGUGAUUUGUUUUAUUUUGUCUAUUUAGUGUUUCUUCGUGUAAUAACGGUGGUUUAUUAACUGUUUAAUAUCUGUGAAAGUGCACAAAUGUGGGAAAAUGAAACAAAGCCGCUGGACGUCACUUCUCGGGAUCCUCCAAAAAGUCCACUGAAAAAAUCUUAGUACCUUACCAUCGGAGUGAUACAAUUCCGAAUUUAAAUUUACAAUGGCAAUGAAUAGAUUUAUGCACCCUCGAAAUAUAUAUAAAACUCCACCGGACUUCAUUCAAUUGGCCAAAGAUUUCUCAGAAUUUUCAAAGAUUACAAAAACUGAUGUUACGGGGAAGGUUACUAUUGACUUCAAAGACCCUCAAUCACUGCGCGUAUUAACUAAAUGUUUGUUGAAAAAAGAUUUUAACCUAGAUGUGGAAAUCCCAUCAGAUAGACUUGUACCCACACUUCCUUUAAGACUUAAUUAUAUUUUGUGGAUAGAAGAUAUAUUGGCUGCUGUUGAAAUAUUCACAGAUGUAAAGGGUUUAGAUAUAGGUACAGGAGCUUGUGCCAUUUAUCCACUGCUGGCAGCUGUAAAAAACCAAUGGCUUAUGUAUGGUACAGAAACUGAUGCAAACAGUUUGAAAGUAGCACAAGAAAAUAUACAAAAAAAUAAUCUCCAGGACUUAAUAAAAUUAAAAAUAAACACCACAAGUUCUAUAAUUGAUUAUUUAUUCACUGAAAAUGAAACUGUAUACUAUGAUUUUUGUAUGUGCAACCCACCAUUUUAUAGUACAAUGAUGGAAUUAUGGGAGUCUAGGAGCCCAGCAAGACCUCCUCCUAAAAAUGGUUUCACUGGAUCACCUCAAGAAUUAAUAACUGAAGGUGGUGAAUUAGAAUUUUGUAGGAAACUUAUUGCUGAGAGCAAAAAAUAUUGCUAUAACAUUUUAAUCUUCACAUCAAUGAUUGGUCACAAGUUUAAUUUGGCUCAACUUAUCGAUGAUUUGAAGUCAGAUAAUAUUAAUUAUACACAUACGGAGUUUUGUCAAGGACGAGUAACCAGAUGGGGAUUAGCUUGGACAUUUCACGAUUAUGAUCUACUGCAACUACUUCCCCCAAGAGAUAAACCAAGAAAAAAGAUUCAACCACUAGUUUUUCUUUUACCGGAACUUCCGAAUUGUACAUAUGACUUAGCAUCCGCUUCAAACAAAGUCAAAACCAUUUUAGAUAGAUUAGGAAUCGCUUAUGAAGUUGUUGAAAAAAGAGGGAACACUAUAAAAAUAGAUAUGGUAGCAAAAGUAAAUACGUGGUCUAACCAACGAAGAAAAAGACGUCAAGAAAAAAGGAUGCAAGAAGAAACGGACGUAAAGAAGAUGAAAAGUAAUAAUUUAGAAUUAAAUGAUAUGAAAAAUGGUAGUUUUGAGAUAACUGAAAAUACUAGUUCACAUGUACAAAGUAAUGCAGAAUUAGUUGUAAAUAAGGUAAUUGAAAAAAACAAUGAAGACUCUAAUGCAGUUAGAAGCACAGAAUCAGAGCAAGAAGGAUUAUUAGGAAUACAAGUACGUGCAGUUUUAAAAAUAUUCAAAAAAGAUAAUGAAAUUCUGCUUGAAACAGAGUUCAUCAAUGGUACUUUAGGUAAAGAAGGAUUGCAUCAGAUUGUACAGUUUAUUAAAAAUAAUUGGAAAUAAA